AUGGACCAUGGCCACCGUGGUGAUGGCCCCUUGCCGGUUUGGCCGCCAUGCGUUUGGUGGAGUGAUGCCGAUGGCGCUCGGCGACUGCAGCACUGGCAGGAGAAGCGCAGCUUGAGCGGGCUGCCGCACUUCACGCACCUCUGCAACGCAGCGGCUCAAGCAGUGCCCCUCACGCUCGAAGAGCGUGCAGCAGACGUCUCGUACUUAGAUUUGGACAUGCGCGAUGAGGAAGGCAUGACCCCAGGUACAGGUACUUGGCUAUGCGCACGUCGGGAUCUACACAGGGCGGUGGCUUUCGUUGAUGCAGCUGUUGCAUCAGGUGGUACGGUGCUGGUAAACUGUUUUGCUGGGAUGAACAGAUCUGGCGCAAUCCUUUUGGCCUGGCUUUUGUUACACCGACAAAGUGACGGGACUUGCCUUGGAUUCACCCCAGAUGGUGCAGCAGCCCAUCUGCGGAGCUUGGAGCCCUUUGCUCUGAACAAUCAGAGCCUACUGGAUUGUGCCUUGAGCUUGAAGGACAGUCCGUGCCCACCAUUGGGCACGCAGGAGCACUGGAUCUUGAGACUUCCAGAAAGGCCUGCUGCAGCUCCGGAAAAGCGGGUGGUCGAGGAACUUGAAGAUUCCGAGGAUCUCAUGCCCUUGAUUUGA